AUGUCGAAGGACAGAGUCGUACUCAUCUCCGCCGCCCCGGAUGAGGAUGUAGCUGUUCCCUCAGAAGCCCCUCACGAGAAUGACUGGUAUAAUGGCAGAGAUUUCGAUGGCUAUCGUGUCGUCGAGCAGUUGUUGUACGCAAGGCGCAAGAUCAGGGUGAUAUGUGUCGGCGCCGGCGCUACAGGUCUCCAAUUCGCAUACAAAGCGGAGCGGGCGUUGAAAGAUGUUGAAUUGCAAAUAUACGAGAAGAAUCAUGAUAUUGGAGGGACCUGGUUGGAAAACCGAUACCCAGGUUGUACCUGUGACAUCCCCUCGCAUUCAUAUCAGUUCACCUGGGCCAAGAACCCGAAUUGGUCACGGUUCUAUUCUGGUUCGGCGGAAAUCUGGCAGUAUCUUAAAGAUGUCGCUACGAAGUAUGAUCUGGAGAAAUACGUUCGAUUCAAGACAACCGUUGAGUCAGCAACCUGGGACGAAGAGACAGGUCUGUGGAGAUUACAGAUCCGAGCCCCAGAUGGUUUCCUCUUUGAAGACACCUGUAACGUGCUCGUGAACGGCUCAGGUGUGCUGAACACGUGGAAAUGGCCAAAUAUUCCAGGGCUAGAGCUCUUCGAAGGCAAACUGAUGCAUUCCGCCACAUGGGACAACGAGUAUGACCUCGCUGGCAAGACUGUAGCUGUCAUCGGCGGUGGCUCAUCUGCAGUGCAAAUCAUUCCAUCAAUACAACCAACUGUGAAGAAGUUGUAUGCGUUUCUACGGUCCCCGGUAUGGAUCACCACCGGGUUUGGCGCCAAAUAUGCCGGGCCUGGCGGAACCAAUUUUGCCUACUCCGAGGAGCAGAAGCAGGAAUGGAAGGCAGAUCCAGAAAAACAUUCCCACUACUGUCGAGAGGUUGAAGGCGAGUUGAACAAGAGAUUCACUUUGAUGCACUUGAAGGCCAAAGAUCAGCGAUCGUCUCGAGACCUUGUGGCAGACAUCAUGGCCGAGCAACUGGGCCACGACGAAAAACUCACCAAGCAAUUGAUUCCGCCGUUCGCCCUGGGCUGCCGAAGAAUGACACCAGGCCCCGGGUAUCUUCAAUCAUUGAGAGCGGAGAAUGUUCAAGUUAUCCCACAGUCAGCAGUGCGGCUUACCCCGACAGCAAUCGUGGAUGAGUCGGGAGUGGAACACGAAGUGGACGUUGUCAUUUGCGCGACAGGCUUCGACACGUCCUUCACCCCUCAUUUUAAGGUGUACGGUCGCAACAACGCCGAGAUCCAUGAGCAGUUCGGCGACUCUCCUGUGGGAUAUCUGGGGAUUGCAGCCCAGAACUUCCCCAACCUGUUCUUGUUAAUCGGCCCGAACGGACCCGCCUCGCAUUCCAGUAUCCUGCCUAUCUUGGAGUGGUAUACACGAUACGUCUUCCAGGUAAUCGAAAAGAUCCAGACUGAGCGCAUCAAGGCGGUGGAACCGAAGAAAGAAGCCGUCAAGGAUUUAUACAACCACACUCACGAACUCAUGAAGCGCUUGGUCUGGUCCUCGGCGUGUCGCUCGUGGUUCAAGAACGGCAGGACACAUGGUCCCGUGACGGCCAUAUAUCCCGGCAGCCGAUUGCACUUUUUUGAGAUGAUGAAAAAUGUUCGCUGGGAAGAUUACAACAUCACAUACGUGUCUGACAACAGGUUCGCAUUUAUGGGCAACGGAUAUACGCAGACUGAGGUUGAUCCUGAAGGCGAUGCAGUAUGGUAUUUUGAUGAUGCAUUUGUCAAAAUAUAG